AUGCUCUCGAGAAAGGGUGUCAAGAUUAUUCCACCAGCACAACGGCGGCCGACGCAACAAUUGAGCUUUAUGGUGUCGGAUAUGGGGCUAAACGCCAUUGAUGGAGGAUCUGAUGGUUGGUGUGUAGCUAGAUCCGUAAGACGAGUUCUUCAGAAUAUCGACUCCAACCCCUCAACGUCGAAACGUAAAAUUCAAAAAGCAGCCAGUGAUGAGAUCGGUGGUCUCUUUGAUGUGAUCUGUUCAAGCCAUGACUUCAGUUAUCUGGCCAACACACAAGUAUUCUGUGAAGCCGGAAAUGACGACGUGACCUGUUUCGCAUUCCUUCACACGUUGAUCCAAUAG